AUGCGUCAUGUGGAUAUCAAGGGCCCUGUUUUCGAGCGAAUAAACCAAGUCGGAGAAGGAACCUAUGGAAAAGUGUACAAGGCGAAAAACAAAAUCACCGGGCAACUGGUAGCACUGAAACGUCUGCGACUCGAGUCUGAACGUGAGGGCUUUCCGAUCACUGCGAGCCGGGAGAUUGGCCUGUUGCAGUCUUUCGACCACCCAAACAUCGUUGGGCUGAGCGAGAUGAUGGUGGAAAAAAAUGCAGUCUACAUGGUUUUCACGUACAUGAACCACGAUUUGGCAGGUAUCCUACAGCAGGCAGAGAUUGUGAUCAGCGAUGGCGAGAAGAAGAAUAUUUUCAAGCAGCUUUUGCGCGGCAUCAACUAUUUGCACACCAAAAAAGUUAUUCACAGAGAUAUAAAGGGCUCCAACAUUUUGCUAGAUGAGAAGGGAGUGCUCAAGAUUACAGACUUUGGGCUUGCACGGCGUAUGAAGAACAUUAAUAGCAACGUCGAAUCGCCAAACUACACUAAUAGAGUCAUCACCUUGUGGUAUCGUCCGCCUGAAAUAUUAUUGGGAUCCACAGAUUAUGGACGGGAGGUGGACAUUUGGGGAAUUGGAUGUUUGCUGAUUGAGCUGUUCACACGACAUGCUAUAUUUCAAGGAACAGAUGAAGUUGAUCAGUUAUGGAAAGUGUACGAUAUCAUGGGAACGAUAACCACUGACGAGUGGCCAGAUUGCGAUAAAUUGCCGUGGUUUGAGAUGCUUAGACCGAACAGCCACAAACCAUCGCUGUUCCGAUCCAAGUUUGGGUCUCUUUUGAGCCCCCAGUGUUUUGACCUGGCUACCAAACUUUUGUCGAAAAACCCGAAAAAUCGAAUCAGCGCGUCUGAAGCUCUAAGACACCCAUAUUUUGUGGAGGAGCCACUAGAACAGAAAUUGCAAUUUUUGAGUAAGAUCGAGGGCGAAUGGCAUGAGUUUGAGGCAAAGAAAAAGCGCAAACUGUUGCGGGAGGCAAAACAAAAAGAGAUGACAAACGUGUCGGGCUAA